GGUGGUAGGCUAGGCUAGGCUAGAAUAGGAUAGGUGCUAUCUAAAAGAUGUUUGGAUUCAGCAUAAGAACCAGACAGAACCAGAAUGCUCCUCCUGCUGCUCCUCCUUCGCCAAGGGUAACAAGCUCACCGAGGGUCCUUGGUUCUCCGGCGGCCACCAACUCGCCGAGGCAUGUUGGCACUCCUGUGGCCAAAAACUCCCCGAAACAAGCUGAGGUUGGGGAGAUCGACACCCGGGCACCUUUUCGAUCUGUCAAAGCUGCUGUUAAUUUAUUUCGCGAAGCCAGUAACAACGCCAGUAACUCCCCCAAAGCUCAGCCCACCAUCAUCAAGAAAGCCACCAAAGCCCCAGAUGAGAGAGUUUUGGUGAAGGAAACACAGCUGCAUUUGAUAAUGAAAGAGCUUGAUAGCUUGAAAGAGCAGCUAAGAAACACAGAAGCCACAAAAACCCAGGCACAUAAGGACCUAGAAAGGGCGAAGAGGACGCUGAACGAGCUAACCGGGAAGCUGGAAACCAUCUGCGAGGCGAAGCAGGCGGCCAUUGAGGCCACAGAAGCGGCCAAAGUUAGGGCCACAGAACUGGAGAGGGUGCAGAAAUCCACCAGGCUAGGCAGUGACGAUGCUUGGAAAGAGCACGUGGACAACGAGAGAGAGCAGUACAAAUUCUCGGCAGGGGCACUCAACUCCGCCAAGCAAGAGCUAGCUAACCUGAGGCAAGAUUUCGACGCGGUUUUGGAAGCCAAACUGGCCGCGUUCCAACAGGCCGGGGAUGCCCAGCACGCCACCUCGGUUAACCAGGAGAGGGAGAGCGAGUUCUCAAAGGAGGUGGCCACUCUGCGCCAGACCUUAGCUCAGGUCAAGCUCGCCCCGCUCCAGGCUCAACAAGAGAACGCCAAGCUUUACGCCGAGCGAGAGGCUCACCUCCAGUCCCUCAAAGCCGCAAAGCAAGAGACUGAUCAAAAACUCAAGGCUCUCAGGGAAUUGGAAGAAGCUCAUCCUGGAAUCAACAAAACUCUCGCAGCUAAGCUCGAAGAAACAAACGCCACCAUGGACGUCCUGCGCGAGCAGCUAAACAAUGUCAAGAUUUCAGAUAUUGCCGAUUGGAAAGAUGUAUCUUCGGAGCUCGAGAAUUCCAAGAUCGGGCUGCAACAAAUCCUCGCAGAGCAAGAAUCUCUCAAGACUCUGGUGGAUUCCCUCAAGGUAGAACUCGAAAACGUGAAUGCACUUCGGUCUGAAUUGAGAAGCAAGGCGGCCGAGACAGAUUCAAUGGCCGAAAGAUUGGAGUUCGAGUUAGACAGAAGCAAGAAGGAGCUGGAGGCAACUCUUGCAAGAGCCAAACCAGAAGCCGACAACAUAACCCCGAAAAUCCUAGAGCUAUCUUCAGAGGCAGAGCGAGCCCUGCAAGAAGCCGAGGAAAUGAAGAAGAGCGCUGAAACUUUCAGAAAAGAAGCCGAGAAGGCUAAGGUUGCAGCUCAGGAAGCAGAGAAGAAGCUGGAAGUCGUACUGAAAGAGGUGGAAGAGGCGAAAGCAGCACAAAAAAUUGCUGACUACAAAAUCCACAGCGCCUCGAAAAAGUUUGCUGCCGAGGCGGCUACUAGCUCAGACUCCUCAAAUGGGGGCGGGAGAAUCAAGCUGUCAGCUGAGGAAUAUGAAUCUCUGAGCAACAAAGUUGAAGAGCUAAAAUCCGAGGCGGAUAUAAAAGUGGCAACCGCCAUGGCUCAAGUGCAAAACAUCAACGCAAGCGCUAAGGAAUUGCUUGAGAAACUGGAAGAGUGUAUGAAACAGAAAGAAGAGGUACAAGCUGCAAUCCAGGAAACUCUGAAGAGAGCAGAAAUGGAUGAAGCAGCAAAACUGGUGGUGGAGUGCGAGCUCCUCAAGUUUCGCCAUAAAGGACACAAUGAAGAAGUUGGAGAAUCCUCUUCUUUUGGCCGAGAAGCUUAUCUGCAGAUGAAUUAAACAACAGGCCGGCCAGGAAAUUAAAGGGAAUCAUAUCCCCAGGAUAGGAAAUCUAAUCCAGUAUAAUAUACAUUUUGCACAAAUUAUUAGUAGAAUUACUUCUAUCAACGAACAUCUGCAUUUUUCUGCUGCAGAACCUGUAAACUAACUAACACAUUGCAUCUUCUUCCAAAAUUUCAAUAGAAGAGAUUUUUAGCAAA